AUGGCAGAAGACUACGUUCCCGACAUACCUAUACCUCCUCCCAACAACCGUGGCUUCCUCGACCCCUUCAUCAUUCCUCCGCGCCGCAACCACACCCACACCAUGAUCCUCCUCCACGGUCGCGGCGGGGACGGCCGUGACUUUGGCGUUGAACUCAUCACCACCAAACUCCUCUCUGGCGAUACCCUCCCUCAACGAUUCCCUACUACGAAAUUUAUUUUUCCUACCGCCAAGCUUCGACGGUCCUCCCACUACCACCGCAUGCCCACACCACAAUGGUUCGACCUUGUUAACCUUGGUACGGACCGCGAACGAAAAGAUAUCCAGCAUCAAGGACUUAGAGAAAGCGCUCAAUUUGUGCAUCGACUAAUCGACAAGGAGGCUGCUUUGGUGGGACCCAAAAACGUCGUCAUUGGAGGGCAUAGUCAAGGUGCCGCCCAAGCAUUACAUAUUCUGCUGAGCUAUGAUGACAAUGGCAGUGGCUCCUUGGGCGGUUUUGUGGGAAUAAGCGGGUGGUUACCUUUUAAUAAAGAAAUGGCUGCUCUUGCCGAAGAACAUUCAUCUCAAUUUGAGUGCAAAGUUGAAUCCAACAACAACUACGACUCGGACGGUGUUCUAAUUAGGAAUGCCGACAAACAUAUAGCACUUGGUACAGUUGCAAUGAAUUUCUGUCGCCAAGAAGUGCUCAAUAUUGAGCCACUCUCACCAAAUGCCUCACCACCUGGCUGCUUAUUCACGCCAGUAUGGCUUGCUCACGGCGCAUUGGACGAGAAAGUUGCCCCGCGCUUGGGUGAAUCGGCGGCACACACAAUCGAGAAAUUCGGAUGGGAUGUCACCUGGAUGCUCUAUGAUGAAUUGGAGCAUUGGUUCGCAUCGCAUGAGUUAGAUGAUCUGUCAAUAUUUCUGAACGCUAGGGUAGGUGUUCCAGAAAUCGACUGA